AUGAACAAUAUCAAGUACGAAUUAGAUUUGGAAAAUUCCAAAUAUGAAUGUCAAUGUAAGGCUUGUUCCUACCAAAGAAAGUAUUUCCCACUUUAUGGAUUAUCAUUGAUUAUUUCAAUUUUAUUACCUAUUUUUUGGGCUGUUCCCCUUAUCAUGCUUCUGAUUCAAGUUUUAGACUUUAGAGGUAUUCAAAAUACCAAUAAUCCCAAAGAUCAUGGCAGUAACUUUUCUCGUGUCAAGAGAUAUUUGAGUUAUACUAUAAUUGGAUUUUUCAUUUAUAUUGUAUUGAUUUCGUUUUUAGUGAUCCCAAUUAUUUAUCCAUUAGACAAGCACGCUAGUGAAGUCUCCAAUCAUCUUGUUAAAAGAUUCGAUCCUAAUAAGUGUUACUACGAACUCAUAGACCAUUGA